AUGGUGGUCAUAGUAUGCGAACAUUGCAAAGGCAACAUAAGCGUAACUCAGAAACGAAUUAAAUGUACGAACAUCGCCUGCAAUCAUAUAUAUCACUCUGAUUGCGUUAAUUUCGAUGCGACGACCUCAAGAACUAUAUGGAAAUGUUCAUCUUGUGUACCCAAGGACAAAAAGGGAGAUAACCAGGGCGGGCGAUUGAGCAAGUCGGGCACACCAACUCAAAUGCCCUCAACGCCGGACAACCUUAGAGAAGAUACGCCGGACCCCCUUAAAGACAUGCUGGAAGAACUCAAAUCAUUCCGAGCAGAGGUCAGGGCGGAACUAAAUGAGCACACUGAAUCAUUCAAGAGACUUGAGGCUAGCUUUGCUUCCAUGAAGAACAACAUUCACGAUUUACAAGAGAAGGUGACUGCGUUGGAGGCAAAAACUGAAAGAAUCGACAUAAUUGAAAGGCAGUUAAGCGACCUCGUAAACAAAAACGAACACCUAGAAUUUGAACUUAAUCUAAGAGAUCAAAGAGAACGUAAACACAACUUGGAAAUAACAGGGAUCCCACAAACGCCCAACGAGGAUGUAGUCUCUGUGGUCGACAGGGUAGCGGACAUAAUUGGAGUACCCAUCGCAGCCGACGACAUAGAAUGGGUUCACCGAGUUAAGUCUUCAGUUGGGUCGACAGAGGACGCUGUGACACCGUCAAGCUCUGCGGCGUUACCGGCAACUAACUUUGCGGGCGUUGUGGCGGCUCCGAAGGGCCCCGCUCGUAUUAUAUUGCGUUUUCGACAGUUGCAAACUAAAAUCAACUUUAUGACAGCUGAGAAAGAACUUAGGCGCAAAAACAAAGGCACUGGGAUCACUACAGCGGCAAUGGGCUUUCCUGGUGAGCCACGUAGAGUCUACUUGGCUGAUAAUUUGACACCUGCAAACCGCCAACUACGACGUCUAGCAAAGGAAAAAGCAAACGAGAACAACUAUAAAUAUGUAUGGGUCCAAGAUUGUAGAAUCUUAGUUCGUAAAACCGAAAAAUCUAAAAUCAUUCACAUAGGUUCGGUUAGUGACUUAAACCAUCUCUAG